GACCUUGAUUUGUGUUUGAUUUGUGCAAUGCUACCGCUCGGCCCACAUAAAUAAAGCUGCGAUAAUAUAAUAUCUCCACCUAACACACAUGGCGUUCAAAUGUGUUUUGUCUCCUCGUAUGUGUGCCCGCGAAAUACUUCUAUGGCUCAUUUUGUCGACGACGACGUCGAUGGCAGUGCCGAAUCUACAUCUAGGUGUGUAUGUAUUCGUCGUUCCAACGGUCAUAUGUUCGCCAUGGCUACCAGAGAAACAGCAUUCACAGGAACACCCAAUAUCGCAAGUCGAUCAUUGAAAUCCUACGCUGGACAAUGCCAGAUUGGGAGACACUUCCUAACCUUGCAUUGGUUAGAAUAUUUUCCUACCUGAGUACGGUUGACAAGCUUGCAGUCUCCUCCGUGUGUCAGCAGUGGAUCGAAGCUGCCAAUCACCCGUUGCUAUGGCGACGAGCUGACAUCACGAGCACCCUCUGUGAGCAGGACCGUAGGGACCUCGUGCAGUCGUACAGCGCACACAUACGACAUGUGAACAUCUCCGGACUCACCUCGAGCGAACUGAGGAGCUUCGUCGAGGUGCUGAGAGAUGGCGCCGCUGUCGGCCUGUGUCUCGAGAGCCUCUCGAUCGACUUCCCCGUUGCCGAGCAGCGCGGCGCAGAUGCUGACCUCAUCCCAGAGCUUCGGCAGCUGUUUGCGGUCGUCACGACGCUGCGACGUUUCUCCGUGAGGAACACUCGCAUCGCUUGCGCGUUCUACAUGCUGUCGCCUGACCCGAUGGCCGAAGUUCUACAGAACUGCGCCGAGGGAUUGCACACGUUUGAGCUGAUCAACUACACGCUGCUCAAGUUCUCGAAGCCGCUCGCGCACAUCGGCGCGUGCCGCCACCUGGUGAGACUCGUCGUCAGCCCGCAGCAUCUCGGCGAGACCGUGCUGUUGUCGCUCGUCACCGUGGCGACGCUGCGCGCGAUCACUAUCAUCUGCAACCGCUACACGUCGCGGCAGAACUGCCACAUCAUCCCGAGCUCGCGGUGGACGGAGUUUGCAGUACGGGCGCCGAAGGUUCGUGUUGAGUUCUAUGCUCACUCGCUCGCUGCGUUCGCACACCUCCUCAUGGAUGCGAUGCCCCUCAGCCUUGUCUACUUCGAAGACGUUCUGACGUUCGACUGCAUUCGCAACGUGAAGCAGUACAGCGAUUCGCUGGAGACGUUCGCAUUCGUGAAUGGGUUCAACGAUGUCGACAAACCGUCGACCAAUCGCACGCGGACGCCGACACAUGGCGGCGCGAAUCGCAACGCUGCUGUCGCGGCCAAUGGUGUGGUGCUACGCCGGCAUGUGGUUGCGCCGCCGCCGGCGUUGUCGCCGACGACGUCAAGUCCAGUGUUUGAUAGUCACAUGAUCACGUUUGUGAGCGCGUGCAAGCGACUGCACACGUUUGUCUUCAGCGAGGCGAUCAGCUGCUCGGUGCUUCUGCUCAUGGUUGACCUGUGCCCGCGUCUGCGUGUCGUGCGCGUCCGCCGCGCCUGCCUCGUGCUCGAUGGCCAGCGAUCCAACGUGUUCAAGGAGACGACGCUCUCGCAGCGCUCACUGUGGUUCAAGAGCUACGCGUCGCACUUGCCUGACUUCGAAAAGCAGAUGUCGCUGAUGCUGCGUUACCCAUGGCAACCGCUGAGCGACGCCGACUUCGUGAUGCUAUGCAAGCGGCUAUAGGAGGCAUUAGCUGUUUCGAUUUCCACUGCCUUGUUUUGCAUUUAAAAGCUGUCCUUAUGUUAAUUAGGUUUCAGCAGAUUUCUUACUGGAAUUUACAAUUAUCUACUGUUUCUAUGAGUGCUACUAGUCUUAAUUGUCUUCUAACUAAAGGAGGGAGAGGAAAAUAGAGUCAUUUUAUACUGUUAUAUAAGUGUAGAAGUGAUUGGAUUAAGUGCGAGUACACACGAAGGGUUAUGCCAUUUUACUUAAUAUUUGUGUACAUCUCACCUUGAAUAUAUGCAUAUUACGAUAUGGUAUACAUAGAAACAUGUUCAGGGUUCCACCCAGUACUAGUAACUAAAGACGUAUAUGUAAUGUCUUGCACUCGAUGCUAGUACUUGGUGCAAAGAAUAAUUUUUUAUACUAUCCUGAUCAGCGUGUGUAUCUAUGAACUGAUAUUUUUCACAACAGAAGAGACCAAUAUAUGAAUAUGUGUUCUUUCAUUUCGUACACGUCCCACUUAUUUCACAACUGGAUUUUGUGGGCUAUAGGAGGGAGGGUGCUAGAGCUCUCAAGUUAAUGACAUUGGGGUGCAGGGGCAUGCACCCUCAUAAAUAUUUUGGGACUCCUUAAAUCCUGCAAUCCGGUGAAUUUUUGCUGAUGUUAAAUCUUUACUUAUAAGAUUUUGAGACCUCCAAUGCUCAAAAUAAACGUACCUUACGCCAGUGAAAUCACUAUCAUGUGAGCACGUUUUUGUGGAUAAUUUUUAUUAUUGUUUAUAUUUCUGAAAUGCGUGAGAUAUCAAUGCGUUGUUGUGAGUGUGAGGCGGCUUCUAAUGUGCGAAUCUCACACUCAAUGCAUGAGAUUUGACAUAUCUGGGAUGCACAACUUAUAAUUCCAACUAUAUAUUUCCAUAUAUGGUCGAGAAAAUAUCUCCUAGUUUCUUGCCUAAUGCUAACUGCUUCAUUUAGCAAAUUAAAAUUAAUAGUUGCAAAUAUUAUUAAUAAUCUAAUCGGUUACGCUUCCAACUCUAGUACAACUACAGUACCAAUUCGGACACAAUCUUCUUCACUCUUCACAAAGCUACUAAUUACGUGUGAUAAUCUUAAUCAUAUAUAUGGCAUCGUUGACUAUUUGGUGAAUAGAAGCUCACUGCUGUAUAGUCCAUCUCUUUGCAGAGAGUUACGCAUGUGCUGGAGUUAGCUUGCCUCUUGUGGUGCAAGGUGUUGAUGCUGAGACAUUCUUCCAGACAUUUGUAUUGACCUAUGGAAAAAUAGGAAAGCAUGCAGUUUUUUUGUAACGAACAUUAAAAUAUAUGAGUAAAAUA